UUCUGGAUGAAUGGAGUUUUAGAUCUCUGUUGCUAUCGAAAGUACAGUGAGGUGUGGAUUUUUAAAUCUCUGUUACUAUUGAAAGUAUUAUACAGUGUGAGGUGUGUCAAAUCAUCGGCUUUUGUCUUUGUGCUAGCAUUGUUUGCAUACUUUUUAAGAAAUGAUGAGGGCAUACAUGCGGAAUGAGGCUUGUACGAGUGAGAGUCUGACGUUGAGCUUUACUACGAUGCGGGGAGAGAGAGAAAGGACUUUAAAUGUGUGUUCGACAUGGCCCUGCGCAAACCUUUCGGUGUAUGACAUCAUAGUACCGCGAGAACAAUUCAAAACCCACCGCUUCCACGGUACUGUGAUGCUAUGGGCGGAUUGGUCUGCGCAGUGCCACAAGUCUGACACACACGCAGAGAGAGAGAGAGAGAGAGAGAGAGAGAGAGAGAGAGAGAGAGAGAGACGAUUUCCUGCAAAGGACGAGAGAUUUGGUUCGUUGUUUUUGACUGUUACCUUUUUAAUAAUUUUACCUGACUAAGUUACAUUGCGCAAAGCCUUGCUUCAAGUUGUUGUUUGUUUAGAAACUUACCAAUAGAAUAACUUUAUUAGCGCAACUACUCGAUAUUUCUCUGAUACGAUCGUCUGGAUAAAUGUCUUGAAGAGUGCUAUUUUAUUUCGUUUUAUUUUAAACAAAUGAUAUAUGACUUUUUAGCACUGUGUAGGGUUGCUUUAUUUAGUUAUCCAUAGACUAUGAGAUUCAAAGGCUAUCUGAGGCUUCGUAUCGGGGAAGCGGUGAAUUUAAAACCGACAACUUUCUCGACUCGGCACACCUUACCAAGAAAAAGCCACCUGGAUCCCUACAUAGUUGUGAAAGUAGACAACGUUAUACUUGGACAGACCGAAACAAAAAUAAAGACUAACAGACCGACCUUCAAUGAUGAAUUCUGUCCAUACAUCUCUAAUGGCAAAGAGUUGGAGCUGGCUGUGUUUCACAGCACCCCGAUAGGAUACGACGACUUUGUAGCCAAUUACAGAAUCCAACUGGAGGAUUUAUUAACAUCAUCAAACUCAAGACAAACGUUUGAGGGAUGGGUAAACCUGGAACCAGAAGGAAGUGUGUAUAUCACCCUCUCUCUCACCGGCACCUUUACAGAUGACGAAGCUGUGGUGAAUGUUAUAAAGAGUCAUAGAAACCUAACCAGAAAGAGGCAAAGAGCAUUGAAAAGAAGAAAGGUUCAUCAGGUCAAUGGACAUAAAUUCAUGGCGACCUUUCUUCCACAGCCUACGUUUUGUUGCCAUUGCAAAAACUUCAUCUGGGGUGUAUUUGGAAAGCAAGGUUAUCAGUGUCAGGUGUGCACAUGUGUAGUCCAUAAGAAAUGCCACGAUUUGGUUGUAACCGAGUGCCCACGUAUGAAGAAAAAUAUGAAUGAGGGCCCAAGCCUGGGAUUCAGCAUCAACGUUCCGCACCAGUUCCGGGAACACAACUACAAAGUUCCCACGUACUGUAACCACUGCGGAUCUCUACUUUAUGGAAUAGUGAAACAGGGUCUCCACUGCAAGAGUUGCAAGAUGAACAUCCAUAAACGGUGCCAGCACAACGUUGCACCUAACUGCGGGAUAAACAGCGUAGAGCUGGCCAGCAAACUAGCAGAGAUGGGUUUGCAAGCGGGCAGACUUUCCACACGGCAGUCACAAAUGCACAUACCAGGAACUCCACAAUUCUCUUUUAAAACACCAGGAAAUGGCUCUGAUGAAGAAACUGUUACAGUGGGUUUGGAAGACUUCAGUUUUUUGCAAGUGCUAGGAAAAGGCAGUUUUGGCAAGGUGAUGCUGGCUCGUUUGAAAAGUGACCAUAGGGUAUUUGCGGUGAAAAUGUUGAAGAAGGAUGUCAUACUGCAAGAAGAUGAUGUCGAAUCGACCAUGAUUGAAAAGAAAGUGCUGACUUUGUCCCACCAGCACCCGUUCCUUACACAGCUCUACUACUGCUUUCAGACACCUGAGCGGCUAUUCUUUGUCAUGGAGUUUGUGAAUGGCGGUGACCUCAUGUUCCACAUCCAGAAGUCCAGGCGUUUUGAAGAGCCACGAGCACAGUUUUAUGCUGCUGAGGUCACUUUGGCCCUUAGGUUCCUUCACUCCAAAGGCAUCAUUUACAGGGACCUGAAGCUGGAUAAUGUGCUUUUGGACAGUGAAGGCCACUGCAAACUGGCAGAUUUUGGCAUGUGCAAAAUGGACAUUUUAGAUGGAAGACUAACUAACACUUUCUGUGGGACUCCAGAUUACAUUGCACCUGAGAUCAUCAUGGAGGAACCAUAUGGUGUGUCAGUGGACUGGUGGGCUCUUGGUGUGCUUCUCUAUGAGAUGCUGUCAGGUCAUGCUCCAUUUGAAGCAGACACUGAGGAUGAGCUCUUUGAGUGUAUCCUCCGAGAUGAGGUUAUUUAUUCAUCCUGGCUCAGCAAUGAGGCAGAAGACAUCCUUAAAGGAUUCCUCACCAGAGACCCAGCAUCCCGGUUAGGUUGCACAAACAGAGAUGGAGGAGAAGAGGCCAUAGCUGCACAUCCGUUCUUUGCGGGACUCGACUGGGAGAAGCUAAACAAACGAGAGAUCAGACCACCUUUCACUCCUCGAAUAGAAUCCGUUGAAGACGUGAACAAUUUUGACCCCGACUUUACCCAAGAUGAACCCACCCUUACACCCAUAGAAGAUGGAAUUUUCCCAUUCAACCCGGAUGAUUUUAAAGACUUCACGUACACAGCACCAGAACUGCGAUCAGCUAGUUAACAGCCAGCCAUUGCUUAUUUAUUUUGCAUGAACAGAUGAUAAUUUUUCCCUAAAAAAACUCCCUCUAGUCAACUUGUAAUAACUUCUGUUGUUAAAAUAUAUAUUUUUAUACACUCUUCACAUAUGCUGUAAACUGGUUUCAGAAUUAAAAGCCACACCUGCUAAAAAUAGGUCACAGCUGUAAACAAAUACAUUGCAAUGGACCGAAGAAUAUUAUGUAUUCCAAAACGAACUGAUGCUUUUUGAAUGCAGUUUGUAAUUUAUGUUAGUGAAGACUUACUUGUGUAGCUGUGCAGUGUUACUUUUGUAUUUGUUACUAGGGUGAUAAUAUUUAUCAUGCAGUUGCCAAGUGCUUUGUUUAGCAACUUUGUGGUAAGCUUGAGAACAGAUUCACCUUACAAAAAAUUCACUGGAACAAGUUUGUUAUGUUAUAAGUUUAGGUUGCCUUACCCUCUUGUAUAGAAAGUCAGUUUGUUGGUUAAAAAUUAAAGAACAGUGGUGUUUAUGUAAACAUCACGUGACAGUACUGGCAUAUCACCUGUCCAUUAUUUUAAAUAAUAAAUCAGUGGAACUUAACCUGUGGCAAGAGGCAUAAAAUUCUUUACACCUCAAAAGAACAGCAGAACUGUUAUCAUGUCACUUUUUUGAAGAUGAAUUAUUCAUUAUCAUCUAUUCAUUGGCUGUUCUGAUCCCGUAUUUAAAUCCUAAUGCACUGAUUAAUGUACAAUAGAUAUCAGCAGUGGCGGCCGGUGACUUCUUUUUUCGAGUACGCUCGAUGCGAAGUUCGUCACAACAUGUAUGUAGCCCAUCAUGUUUGUGGUUCCUUAUUUCAAAAUAUGUGUUCUGCGCUUCAAGAGAUCCUGUGUGCAUCACGUGUUUUGUCAAAAUAAGAGCCUGCUGCAGAUGCGUCUAAAGGGUUUAUGAUUAAAGAGACGCUCGCAUUUGCCAGAUACUUGCAUAAUCUCAUGCGUAAUUAGAGUUUACUGUUAAGGGAGUGUCUUGUGUGUAUUUUGUGAACGUGAGCGUUUUAUCAUAAACGGUUUUGAUGCAUGUGCCUCAGGCACUUAUUUUGACAAAACAUGUGAUGCACAUGAUGCAACAAACACAUAUUUUAAAAACACAAGCAACACACAUGACAAUCCGAACACUUAUUUUGAAUUUGCGCCCCUCGGAUGAGCAGUCACGAGCUGCCACUGGAUAGGCUAUCAGUGCUGCAAUGUUAAUGGGUUUUUAAUUUAAAGACAUAUAGGCUACCACUCUCAUUACCAUAUGAUUGAACCUGAGUCAUUGCCAACCCCCUUUUAUAUGCCUUGUUUUUAUUUGAUAUUUUAUUGUCUAAUGAUUGGCACCUCAUUGGUGUCUUGUUUUCAUUCUGUUGUUUGAAGAUAAAAUCAUGCUGUGAUAGAAUUACCCAACAGUGAUCUUUUUUUUAUGUGCAACUUCCACAAACCAGUUGGAACUAGAAAUGUAUUGUGAAAACAUCGUUGCUCUGAUACGUUUUGGAUCCAUGCCUGCAAGACAAAAGCAUUGAUAUAAAGGCCAAUAA